UGUGCCCUCCCACCCCUGCCUCCGGUCCUUGCCUUUAAGAGUUUGAAAAUCCUCUCUCAUUUUCUUGUCCUUCAAUCAACAAAAACUAUAAUUGUUUCUUUACACUCUACAUGCAAAGAGAGAGAGAGUGGGUAACUGUAGGGGCGGCAGCAGAGAUUGAGAUAAUUGAUUUUUGAAAAGAAAAGGAAAAACAAAAAAAAAUCUAAUAGAGAGAGAUCAAGGAUGAACGUUGUAGGGAGACGACAGAUGCCGAGAUCGAAUUCGACGACGGCGCAUCACCACCGUCAGUACUCGGAUAAUUUCCUGGACAGUAGUAGAUGGCUUCUUCAGUCAUCUUCACAGGACUUUGGACACAGGUCAAGAUCAUCGAGUCUAAGAAAGAUCGGAGAUGAUCAGUUCAGUCCUGGUCUAUUCGAUCUCCAUUCUUUUGAUACUGACUUGUUGCCAGAGCUAAAACCACUUAAUCAAGCAGCAGCUGCAAGUCGAGGUGAAAAUAAUAACCUUACUAAAAGUAUGUCUUUGGACAAGGAAAGAUUGAACAGCAACAACAAUGUUGCAAAGAUCAAAGUUGUGGUACGUAAGAGACCGUUAAACAAAAAGGAGAUAGCAAAGAAAGAGGAAGACAUCAUCACCAUCGAAUCGAAUUCGAAUUCGAAUUCUCUCACAGUUCAUGAAACCAAACUCAAGGUUGAUUUGACUGAAUAUGUUGAGAAACAUGAAUUUGUUUUUGAUGCGGUGCUGAAUGAAGGUGUUUCGAAUGAUGAAGUGUACUCCCAGACUGUUCAACCAAUAGUUCCUCUAAUUUUCCAGCGAACAAAAGCAACUUGCUUUGCAUAUGGGCAAACAGGGAGUGGAAAGACUUAUACCAUGCAACCGCUGCCUCUCAAAGCAUCCCAAGACAUAUUAGGAUUGAUGCGCCAUACAUAUUGGAACCAAGGCUUUCAAUUGUUUGUCAGUUUCUUUGAGAUAUAUGGAGGGAAACUAUUUGAUCUCCUCAAUGAUCGGAAAAAGCUGUGCAUGAGGGAGGAUGGGAAACAACAGGUCUGCAUUGUUGGUUUGCAAGAAUACAGAGUUUCAGAUGUUGAGGCAAUUAGGGAGUUCAUUGAGAAAGGAAAUGCCACAAGAAGCACUGGCACAACUGGUGCAAAUGAGGAAUCCUCCCGAUCACAUGCUAUACUUCAGCUUGCCAUCAAGAAGUCAGCCAAUGGCUCUGACUCAAAGCCUUCCCGGUUAGUGGGAAAAUUGUCUUUUAUAGAUCUUGCUGGAAGUGAGCGCGGGGCAGAUACUACUGAUAAUGAUAAACAGACAAGAAUAGAAGGUGCUGAAAUUAAUAAGAGCUUACUCGCCCUGAAAGAAUGUAUCAGAGCUCUUGACAGUGACCAGGGUCACAUACCCUUCAGAGGCAGUAAGCUGACAGAAGUUCUCAGAGAUUCAUUUGUUGGUGACUCCCGCACUGUUAUGAUAUCAUGUAUUUCACCAAGCUCAGGAUCAUGUGAACACACUCUCAACACUCUCAGAUAUGCUGAUAGGGUUAAGAGUCUAUCAAAAGGGAACAACUCCAAGAGGGAUCCAUUGUCUUCUUCCAACCUUAGGGAAUCAACUACCUUGCCCUUGACUUCAUUUUCACCAUCUGAACCAACCUUUGUAGAUAGCAUAGCUGAUUUUCCCAAUGAAAAGAGCAGGUUUGGAUGGUCAAGACCAACUGAGAGAGAAACAUCUCCACCUUUUAAUAUGGACCGUGUUCCAAGCGGAAGGGCAGAGGGAAAUUUAUCUGCAUCUGUUCAAACAGAUUAUUACAAGGUCCAGAGUGUUGGUCAAAGUGGCAUCAUUGCUAAUGAUUGCAAUUACACUGAAGAAUCCUAUGAACAUGAAAAACCAUCAUGGAUGAAUAAUAAUAAGAAGGUAGACACCUUCCAAAAAUCAGCUUUGGAGGAUAGGCGGAGAACAGAUACUCUGAUGAAACAGAGGGAUGUCCUUGCAGUUCAGGCUAACAAUUCUCAUUCAGAUGAUGAACUUAAUGUCCUGUUGAAGGCAAAGGAAGAUCUUGUAUCUGCGCACCGAAAACAAGUGGAGGAGACAAUAGACAUUGUUAGGGAGGAGAUGGACUUGCUUGCUGAAGCUGACCAACCAGGCAAUCAACUUGAUGAAUAUAUCUCCAAGUUAAAUGCCAUUCUUUCACAGAAGGCUGCAGGAAUAGUACAACUGCAGACCCGUUUGGCUCAAUUCCAGAAACUUAUGAAUGAGUAUAAUGUUUUAGUAUCAUAAUUGUCCACUUGAUCAAUAUCAAAGAGUGCCAGGGAUCAAAUGCUAAGUCUCUGAUUAUUUGUUGUGAUGGCUCUUCUUCACUUGUUGCGGUUUUGGUUUGAUUAUAUUGUAACUUAACCCGGUUACAGGGGGAUAAUGCUUUUUAGGGUUGGGGUGAGUGGUUGGAUUUGAGCCUUGUUUCUUCCCCUAAUAGCCAGCAGUAUUGUGGCUCGACAUGGAUAUCCUGUUUGGAUUGCAAAGCUAUAAUACACAUAUUUUUUAAAGAA